AUGCAUCGACUUUGUAUCGUGGUGCCGUUCAGGAAUCGAUUUGAGGAGCUACUUGCGUUUGUUCCGCAUAUUAGCACGUUUCUAAGGAAAACUGGUAUCAAUAGUUUUGUGAUUAUCAUCGUUAACCAGGUGGAUUCGUAUCGCUUUAAUCGUGCGUCGCUGGUGAACGUCGGAUACCACGAAUGCCAGCGUCAGAACUGUGAUUAUUUAUGUAUGCAUGAUGUUGACCUGUUGCCUUUAAACCUGAAAUUGGACUACGGGUUUCCGGCACUUGGACCUUACCAUAUUGCAUCGCCGGAAUAUCAUCCUAAAUAUCAUUACCAGAAGUUUAUUGGUGGAAUUUUAUUGCUAACCAUGCAACAGUACAAACAAGUGAAUGGCAUGUCCAACCGCUACUGGGGUUGGGGGCUCGAAGACGACGAAUUUUACCUGCGUCUCAAAGACGCUGGUCUUUCUAUCCAGCGGCCACGAAACCUAAGAACAAAUUCUACAAACACUUUCUUGCAUAUACAUGAUAGAGUCGUGCGCCGCCGUGAUUAUGCCCGUUAUGGUAAACAGAGGGAAGAAACAAGAAAGCGGGAUCGAGUAACAGGAUUGCAGAGCGUGCAGUACACGUUGGUGAAAAGAGUGGAAAUGAACAUUGAAAGAGAACCGUUCACUUUGUUAAACGUUAAGCUACACUGUAACGUAUCUUUAACUCCGUGGUGCUCUCCAUCAUGA